AUGGUUAUAGAGCUUCUAGGCUUCGCGUUGGACAUAGAUCCUCUCUUCUUCCGGUUCCAUCUGGAGGAUCAUACGUGGUUCAAUAUCAAAGACGACUGGAUUGAGAUGCCGGAGCUUGAGUCCCAAUCCUACAAGCGCGACUUUGUGACCAUCAAGUUGUCACGGAGGGGUAGAUACGGAGCGGUAGAACCUUAUUACGGAGAUCGUCUAUUUAUAAAGGGAUCUCUUAUAGUAGGCUUACAGGAAGCGCUGGUUCACUUCUUCCAGAGACUCCACACCUCUAACGUCCUCCGGCGAAUCGACUUCGAAGGCCAGGUUAAAUCGGGGAAGAAUGCCUGGUGGGAGGAUUCACCACACGAGGUCGGCCUCCUGCGACGCAAAGUGAGCAUAUGGAGUCGCAAGCAAGGAAACGAUUGGACUGGGGUCGUUCUCGUCGAUUCUUCCAUCACCGCAGGACACCCUUUAUGGAAUGGAUAUGGCAGACUCGAUAUCCCCCCCAGUAUGUCGGCCUCUGCUGAAUCUUUGAUUUCCAAGGAGCCUAAUACGCCCAUUUUCAACGCUCUGUUGUCCUGCCUUUCGACGUUUAGGCCCGAAGAUCGCGCCCGUCUUAUGGCAGAUCCGGAAAACAUUACGUCCUAUGUGUAUCCGAUGGUGUUGGGUGGCAGUUCGACUUGGAGCGGACUCGCAAAUUGGAUGACCAUGAAACGGCUUUCGACAGCUUUCAUAAGUGGCAGCGCCGCCUACCCUUUUAUGUGGCCUGGGCCCGAGGCGCCAUUAACGGCCUUGAGAGCCGCUACGGUCUGUCGGCCGCGCUGUCUCCCUUCGCUAUCACCAAUCCGGACGCUGCAGCAGCAGGCCGACAAGAUUAUGAAAAUGGCCGUGGCCAUUAUCAGCGUAGAGGAGGGCAAGAAGGCCGUCGACGAGAGCCGCAACAUGAGCCGUAUCAUCUACCUCGCCUUCGUUUUCGUGCCCCUGUCGUUUGUCACGAGCCUGUUGUCAAUGAGUCCAGACAUCAGUCAAGCCCGGGCGCUGGCUUACGGCAUAUUCUUCGCCGUCUCUGUGCCCAUCAGCCUCACGGCCCUCUACAUCUCACUAUCUUGGAACAGGAUCAUGGCCACGGGAAGGGUAUUCCAUAUGACGGGCCAGGGAAACGACGUCGCGUCGUUAUAUAGAACGAACGAGGGUGAUCAUUUACAGCUUGAGCCGGUCAAGUCGUGAGGAGAUAUUUCUGAGGUGUAAAUGAAAGGAACAGCCUGAAGUAACGAAUAGCGAAUCUUUUUCCUUGUACCAGUCUAGCUAAACGAAUGUAUGAUUGACAAUAGCCCGAUAGCCUGAUACACAGGAAUCUGAUUAAGGUGUACCUAACUUUCAUACCCGAAUUCAGCACACUAUUCAGCUAACUCGUAUGUCUUCAAGUUGGAUAUUGAAUGUUUCCUCGUAACUUGCAGCUGAGCCGAGCGAACAGGACAGGGUUCGCGUGUGUCACGAUGUAGCACCUAG